AUGUUCGAGAUUGUGACGUUUAAUAUUAGUUGCGGUGGAUAUUGGGUGAAGAAAAGAACCGGUGAUGUUGGGUAUAUCGGUGGAGAUGUGAAAACAAUUGAGUGCAAACCGACAGAGUUGUUCACAUUGUUAUCAGAUGAGUUUGGGGAGGGUUUAUAUAUCAACAAGUUGUGGUACACGCUUCCUUUUGAGGAUCACAAGGAUAGAAAGAAACUGAGCUAUGUUAGAGAUGAUGCUUUUAAAGAGAUGUGUGAAGCUGGUGAGUGGAAAGGAGUUGUUAAUUUGUUCCUAGUGAACACAGUCGAUCAUCCUGAAGAUCAGUUUCAGGAACCUUGCGAAGAAGAGAUCAGAGUAGAAAGAAAUGUUGCUGGCUUUGUGGAUGAAGAUGAAGAUUUCGACUAUCAUAACACACCUCUCAAUUCUGAUGGCGAGGAAGAAGAAGAGCCUUUGUUGAGAUUCAAACCAGGCAGUGGUCACCUAGAGCUAAAGCAAGUGUUCGACACCAUUGAAGAUUUCAAAGAUGCAUUGGUUGAGUAUGCAUUGAAGGGAGGGUGGAACAUUAAGUUGAACAAAUGGGGGAGAAUUAAAUCUGGGGCUGUGUGUGGGACUGAAGACAACUGCCCAUGGAAAAUCUAUUGCUCUUAUGAAGAGAGAUAUGGGAAGUGGAUGGUGAAGACAUAUGAAGCUGACCACAAAUGCCAAAAGGAUGGGUAUAGUAAGAUAUUAAAGUCGGGUGUGAUCAUGAAGAUCUUCAUGGACGAGAUUAGGAAUGAUAUCGAUUUGAAGCCUAAGUAUAUUCAAGAGCAGAUUGAGCAAAGGUUCAACUUGAUAACCACAAUUGACAAGUGUAAGAAUGCGAAGAAGAUGGCAAAAAUCAUCAUCAACCGUGACCAUGAAGAGCAGUUUAGUAGGCUAAAAGACUACCGACUUGCGAUUCUGGCUACCAAUCCAGGAUCAACUGUCGUACUAGACACGGUCUUAAAUGAUGAUGGAGCUGAAGUGUUUCAAAGAUUCUAUGUGUGUUUUGAAACCAUCAAAAAGCUGUGGACUAUGUGGUGUCGGCCUAUAUUUGGAUUGGAUGGAUGCUUCCUCAAAUGCACACUGAAAGGUCAACUCUUGGCUGCUGUAGGAAGAGAUGCAAAUAAUGGAAUGUACCCAAUUGCUUGGGCUGUUGUUGAUGUGGAGAACGAGGAUAACUGGACUUGGUUCCUACAGAAGCUGCAGUUUGAUUUUAACCUACAAGGAGGUCAAAAUUUCACCAUAAGCUUGAUAAGAUCAUCAUCAUCGUUCAUACAACAUCAUCGUUCACACAGCAUUACACAAGUCAGUUUCACUACACUAAACCAUACAUAA